CUUUGAUCUAUUGUUAUCACUUAAAUAGAGAGGAAUGUGGCCGUCAUUCACCCUGGCCCUGGUGGCUUGUCUUCUGCGAUGUAUAAGCCAGGUUCUCACAGCCCAAGAUGAUGUAUUUUUGGAUGAUGCUGUUGGUCAUGUAAGCACGACUAUUCCCUCUAGAGGAGUACCAGAUAUCACUUUGGGACCAAUUAUAGGUGUCACUACUGUACCUUCUACGAGUGGCACAAUACCUGGUCCGGCUGAAGGAGAAUAUGUGACAGGGACAUGUAUAGUUGCUGACACUACCAGUGUGUAUCUUGAGUGUAAAGGUCCAGAUGCCCUUAACAAAAUGAUGUACAUUACUGAUGCCUACUAUGGGGUUUCCUCUACGGGGUGUCAUCUGUCGACACUUGAUGAAAAUACGGAAUGUGCAACAGAUCUGACAGAUGAUGUUGUCUUCCGUUGUCAAGGAAACCAUGAGUGUCAUUUUCAACUACGGAGGACUUAUUCAUUCCAGUGUAGUGCAUAUCCAACAUUUGUGGCGGUUCACUUCAAGUGUGUUGACAAAAGUAUGAGAUUAGACAUCUGUAACGCAUACUCAGGGAGUAUACUCGCUGACCAGAACAGCCAAUUCUUUAUAACCACCCCCGACUACCCAAGUGCGUAUAAGAACAAAAUCACAUGUAAGUGUGACAUCAUAGCCCAAGAUCCCGCAGCAAAGAUACGACUGGAGGUUGUCGAUUUUUACUUAGAAGACCAUCAUUCUUGUGAAUACGACUACUUAGAGGUUUAUGAGGGCUUUGAACUGAUUGAUUAUUACUGUGGUCAAGACCUGAGAGGGGAAAUUUACAAAACAAAAGGGGACAAUGUCACAAUGUAUUUCCAUAGUGAUGAUUCCCAGACUGACAACGGCUUCUGGAUCUCAUUUGAUGUGGUCCCUCACAGAACAACAACUAACAAAAUGGUGAACGUUACAUGUGGAGAUAGCGAUCCUCCUCCUCCAAACUGGAGAGAUGAAGAUCACUCGGGAGAUGGAUCUGGAGAUUAUAACCAUGGCACCCAGCAUACUGCCAGCUUAUGUAUCACAACGGCAAGUACAAACUACCUCAACUUUGGUUGCUAUGAUGAUGAUGGUAACCCAGAUGGCUCUAUGAUUAACAUUCACGAAGCAUACAUGGCGGGCACAAUCAACAAUGAGUGUACCCUCGCAGCACUUUCGGAUGACAUGUGCAAGGACCCUAUAGAAGAUACUAAGAUCAACAGCUGUGUGGGACAUAAAGAGUGCUAUAUCAUGGUGAAAAGACAGUAUAGUGAAACGUGUGAUGAGACAACCAACUAUGCUCAUAUAGAUUAUGAGUGUAUUCCCAAUGCCAAUGUAGUUGACAUCUGUAGGCGUGACUCCUAUGUGUGGCACCCAGAUUCUAAUUGGGGAGCGAUCAUCUCUCCCAACUACCCAAACUCCUAUCUUGACCAGGUUGCGUGCCAGUGCAAUUUGAGCACAGACCAACAUUCACGAAUAUUUGUCCAUAAUCUCGACUUCCAUUUGGAAGAGUCAGAUGCUUGCCAGUACGACUACGUGGAGUUCAUAGAGGGCGCUGUACAAGAGGAUGCCUGGUGCGACACAAUUGAAAGUGGAACUGAGUACAAAUCAAGUCAGAAUCACCUCAGCCUCGUUUUCAAGACAGAUGCUAAUAUUCCUAACAAGGGAUUCUGGUUUCAAAUCGAAGCAUUUAACAGCAUUGACAACACAGAGAGUGUAAUUUAUGCUGACUGUGGGCAGUACCAACCACCAGUUAGGCCUCCAAUCACUAACCCUCCUCCAACAACUACCAGUGCUACCAGCACAACCACUUCUACUACAGCUACCUGGCUUCCACCUAUACCUGUUGUUACAGACAGUCCCACAGCUCCCCCUAGUGGGGCCCCAGCAAGUCUCCCUUAUUCCAGCACUAGGGCUACACCUGUAGCAACAGGGAGACCCCUUGUAAACACUACAACUCCUAACAACCAGGGUACCAUGGGAGCACAACAGGAUAACCUGUCAAGUCAGCUUCCAUUGAUUAUUGGUGCUGCAGCAGGGGGGACACUGCUCAUACUCAUCAUAGUAAUACUCAGUGUCUGCAUGUGUAGAAGGAAGCAGCCCAGUAGCAAGCCACCCCCUGGGCUGGACCCCGGGACUGGUGGAGCAGGAGGGUCAGGUCCUUACAGAGUCAUGAGGAAUCGAGAUUCUGUUGCGUUUGAUAAUGAUGCAAUGAAGUACGGCUACGCAGAUAUCCCAGCUAAUGGUGCUGUAGGAGCUGAGCAUGAGCAUAUAUAUGAGUCAAUCCCAUAUGACAAUCUCCCAGGUCCACCUGCACCCCCAAGGCCUAAUUCCAUCAAGGGGCCAGGGGUACCACCCUACCCUGCAGGAAGAAUGUCUCAUCCUGGACAGGGACCUGGUAUAAAUGCUAAACAUUCCAAAUUUUCUAAUCCUCUAUACACUAAGGAUAAUUACUUAGAUCCUAUUGAAAUCCAGACUAUUGCCAAUGAUGCUGGGGCAUCUGGACCAUACCUUGGGUUAUCCCCGCACACCAGGCAAGUUAAUGAACCAUCAUAUACAGGGCUUACUGAGACCAGCCCAAGAGAGCCUAACUAUACAGGCCUCGAGAUUACACAAGAACUGAAUACACCUGACUCACCCUAUACAGGCCUGCAGCAACAUAGUAAUCACGUAUAA